CAUCCAGCGACAGUAGUGACAGUGGAACUGGCAUCCUAUGUGCAAUAUAUUGCAGCUAAUUUGUCCACUUUACAACUUUGGAAAAAAAUUAAAUUUUUCGCAUAGUCUGUAGACACUUGAAAAACGAAUUAUAUCAGUGCAAUUGAUGACGUAAAACAAGUGAAAUACCAUCACAAGCCUCCGCCCCUACUGAAUUUGUUGAUUUAUUGGCCAUUUUUAUAGGUCAGCAAUUUUUUGACUUUUUUCGACACAUGUCAGGAAACUACUAUCCUGGCCUUGUUGGGAUGCAUCUCAUGGGACGCGGAUUCCAGACCCUAAGGAAGGCGCACACUGUGCACAAUUUACCAUAAUCGCCACCAGUGAAAACAGGUCGGCACUAUAGGCCCUGCAUGGGGCUCCGGAUUGCGAUCCGCGAAGGCCACAAGGUGCCUGAUCACCGUCCGUGCCGGCCGGCCCGCCCAAGCCUGUAGCGGGCAGCCAGUGCGGUGGUUGAGGUCCGGCGCAGCAAAGUGCGUAAGGCCCAGAAUCACGACCCGCGAAGCCUUUACUGUCUAGGGCCGCGACCUGCGGAGCCCGCGGCGUUCCUGGUUCGGGGCAGGAUGCGGCGACGAUUUGGUAUCCUGUUCUUCUUCGUGCGGGCCCAUCUGUGAAGGAGAGAAGAAGGCGACUCACCUGCGCAGAUCAGGCCGCUCGGCUCCAGGCACAGUGGUCAUCCACCGCUGGUGCUAACCACGUAGCAAGCAGGGCGGGCCCUUAUGUCUUUCUCGAGCGCGCUACUGCAGCCGCUGAUCACUUUCGCAGGCUUUCUAGUCGCCACCUUGCGAAAUAUGUUUCAAAGGCUGGCCAGCCGUCUCGUGCGUGCCACCCCCUCCGAGGUCGCGAGCAGCUCCGACGGAGUAGGCCCGCCGGGGCGGGAGACAACAAGAGCGGACGACGACCCGAAGCACGCCUUGCGUGGACUAGACGCCACCGGCUCGUCGAUACCAGCGGCGCGCUUCUUGGACUGCGAGGACCUCGUGCUCAAGGUGUGCGACUACCUACCGAAGAGCGAACAGGAUGUCUUUUCUCUGACCUGUUUUCGUUGCGCGGACACCGUUUUGCUCCGUCGCUACGGCUACAAGAAAACCGCAGUAGAUCUUCCGGAACAAGCACCGGAUACGCGAUGUGCGAAGACCGGCCAAAGCCGCGAUGCGGCGGACCGCGGCAAGGCCCUUGAAUUCGACGGUUACCACCAGCCGCUUUCGGAGAAAGACGUCGAGCUCUUUUUGCGGUUCCGUCCCGCUGCGGACCUCGUCCACUGGGACCGCGGCUGGUUGUUCUACCUCGUGGCGCGCAAGCGCAAAGCGAUUGGGAAGAGGGAUUUUCUGCGCGGCAACUACGUCACCGCAUUUUCGCGCUUCGGCGACGCACUCCGCGUCCUGCCCAAGCCACCCCCCGGCGACGCGGAGGUUCGGCGCGAGACGGAAAAAUUGGCCGUCGACUGGCGGGACCUCCCAAAGGUGCAGAGGGAGCAGGGGCCCUACUUGUGCGGUAUCGACGCGGAAAAACGCGAUGACGAACACCGCCCCGAAGACCGGCAGCACAGCGUGCUGAACGGGCCCGAGUCUGCCUUCUACCGCCUGACGCGCAACCUGUGCUUCUACAAGCAAACGGUUUUGAAAUACCUCUUUGCCGCGGCCGCGCGGGGGGCCGGAACACCUGCCUCCGCGGAAGUUUUCUCCUCCGCGGAGCCCGCGAAGUUACUGUGCCUGGACCUGCGCGUGCUGCUGCACAGCAACCGCUCGCUCGCGGCGUUGCGGAGCGCGCUGCCCCUGUACGCGGUGGCGGAGGCCGGGUACGCGGUGCAGUUCGCCGAGUUCGCGCUGCGCGAACUGCUGGCCGUCGAGCAAGCGAGCCCCGGCCGCGCCGAGUUUCGGGAAAGCAUGCGCGCUAUGCUUUGCAAAUGUGUCUGGGUCUGGAAACUUUUGAUGCAAGAAGAGGAAGAGUGAGCGCACAAUGCGCUGCCCGGCAUGACAAGUUUUCCCGUCUGUAGUUGCGUACUCCGCAUGAGAAACUGCGUUUUUGCAUGACAGACAAGAGGAGCUCUUCGCGGCCACGCAAUAUAGAGUUCAGAGUCAUGCCGAACUAGCAUGACAAAUCUCGCAAUCUCUCAAACCUAGACAUAUUUGCAUUUCGUACGCGCCUGGUGGUUCAAGUGCCGGCACCGGCUGGGGGAGGCGUGGCUGCGUAUUGCGAGGAAAAAUCCCCCCUCCUCAUGCUGAACGGGCACGCUUCUAGAAAUUUGUGAUGCUGAUUUGUGACCACAAAUGCUCGUGCAAGAGGGCAAAUCCAAAGAGUGCGCCGCUUUGUAGAGGCGGUUUGUAAUGCUGCUGCGCCUACACGGCAGACCUCUGCUAUGCUAAGCACCUACACCAAAACACCCGCACGCAGGCUGAGGCUUUGCCUGCAGUACCUCACUGCAAGACAGAGCUGAUUUGUGUACACAAAUCCAGCAACAGAAAUUUCCUUUUCAAUAUGUUGGGGUGGGGGCUUUUUUCACUUUGAUACUGCGGUUGGGCAACCCGCGAGCCAUGUACGAGGUGCUCGGCGCCACGAUGAUGCCGGACGGCACGGAGACGCACAUCAACGACGUGGAGCAGAGGCAGGGCAUCGCCUGCUGCGCAAAGGACUUCGACAACCUCGAGAGCUGGGUGAGCACCGGAUUCCGGUCGUGGAGUCUGUAUUCGAGUCACGAGGAGGCCGACCUCAUGAUGCAACUGCUCGGGGGGCCGAAGUUGCCCGGCGCGGAUGGGAGGGCGAACGAAAAGCCAAAGUCCCUCCACGCCUACGCGGACGCGGUGCUGCAGGAGCUCUUCUCCACAUCCGCCGGGAACAAAAAUAGCCAGCCCGUGACGGAGAAAGCCAUCGUCCACGCGCUCGCAAAGUGCCCAUUACUGCUCAUCGCCGACGCGCCGCGGCUGCGCAAGGAGUUGCGGAGCUGCCAGUCCCCGUGUCUCUGGAACCUGCGGCGGAUCCCGGACGUCAUCAUUCCCGUCAGCGUGUACAACAUCUCCUCCAUGAUCGCCGGGGAGCUCCGGGCCAUCGUCCGAGACUGGAAUGACCAGCAGCAGGGGCGGGUUGAGCGCUUACUGCUGACGUGGGGCCUCCUGUACAUGGAACUUGACGCGCGGGAAUUCGCGAACGCGCAGACUACGUAUCAGAUGCACAUAGGUGGACGGAUCAUGCGCGGUUUUGUCAUGAUGCAUCUCGUGGUCCACACGGUUGCGUUUGGUCAGAAUCAAUAGACAUAGACGGAUGAUCACAGAAUGUUCCACAAGAGCUUCCUGAUACCUAUUCCGCAUGAAGAUUUCGCCCAUUCUGUGCAGAGAAUUUGGUAAUUUUUGGCGUGCAUGCAACACAAUUUUAUUUCUGUGCGACUCAGUCGUAGACUGAGUUCUAAACCUAGACAUACUUAUUUGCAAUGCAUACCGCCGUACAGAAGCUCAUUUACGAAACCACGGCGCCGCCGGACGCGAAGCCUGCGUGCCCCUGGCCGCGCUACUUUCUAUCGGAGCUGCUGUACCUCCUCGCCCUCGCCGAGUUUGGGCUCAACGACGCUGCCGCGUGCGGGCACGCGCUGCAAAGCUGGAAAAUUUUCUCAAGUUGCAAAACGGACCGGAACUACGCGGCCGGCAUGCGACUGGAAAUCUGGGCGGACGCAGUGCUGCGGCGAGAAAGGGGCGGACCGAAGUCAAAGGUACCUUUGCAAAGAUUUUUAGAGCAGUAACUAGUUCUUCUCGCUGCUUCAAACGAAGUGAAGAAUUUAUGUGGUUUCACUAAUCUACUUUUUGGAUCCAAAUAUUAAAACAAGGUGGACGGGGCCCGGAUCCACGACGCGCUCAACGAGGAGUCGCUGGAGAAAGAAGAGCUGAAGAUGAUGGCCCACUUUCGCAAGAAGCUGCAGCGCACCAAUAUGGCUUGCUCAGAUGUUACAAUCUCAAACGUUACAAUAGAAUCUGGAAUUUGUCUUGCAUGAACAGCAUGAGUACCAUACAGAGACUUGGGCUUUUCGCAAUACAAAUUUCGUCAGAAUCAGAAUCUCAUGGGGUCUGGGGCUCCGAAACUUGUCAUGCGCGCUCCUUUGGGAGUAGGCCAGAUGUUGCGGAUUUUGCAACACAAAUUCCAAAUUCUAUUGUAACGUUUGAGAUUGUAACACCUGAGCGGGUUAUAACCAAGGCGUUCUACCCCGUGCGCCGCGACAACUGCUUUGUCCACGUGUAUAUGGAUUGUAAAAAUGUCUGGGUCUGGAAGAAUGCAAGAUUUGUGAUGCAGGUUUUCCACGACCCAUGAGGUCUGGAAUGCGAGACCCAGCGUGACAGAUUCUUUGAGGUGUCUAUCAUGCCUUUGCCGCAUGAGAGAUUCCCUCUCAACUUGUUCAAAAGCGGACAGCUUUUGGCACUCACGCAACACAGAUUUUUGCAUCAUUCGGAUUUAGCAUGACAAGUUCUAAUCUUCCAAACCCAGACACUUUUACAUUUGAUAGUGUAUGAAAGAAGACAGGGGUGCGGCUCCUGCAGGGUCCAGGCCUUUGGGUGGCAUUUUUGCAGCUGCUGUGGCACUUAAGUAGUCGGCAAAACGAACCGAGGUUUGCAUCGCUUCAUUUACAUUUUCCCGACACGAAUCUUCGGCAAUAAAGAUUCUGAAAAGUACGCGCAAUCGAUCAGAAGUUGUUCGCUCAUCUUUUUCCUCACUUACUCGCAUCUGCAACCACAGCCCAAAUAAAAAGCCUGUGGAACUCACAACUGUUUGAGAAAUGUUUCAUACUGUCUCCAUCUACGACGCUUUGGGUAUCAAAAACAGCAUGCCGGACGGCAUGGAGGGCGCCUACGCUCUUUGUGACGUGAUGAAGCAGAAGUUCGGGAAAAAAGACGACGACGAGGAACCUGACACGUCGAAACCUAGACGAAAGAAAUCCAGCAAGUCGGCGCAGAAAAACUCGUCUGAGCAUGAAACUGCAAACAAAAAUGCAGAUGAAAAGAAGUUUCGCUACUGGCCCUUGAGCAAGUUGCAGCGGGCGCAAGACGAGAAGAAGCAUGCGGCGCUUCUGGCAGAUGAUAGCGCAGCCGCAAAAAAUCGGGAAGGGUCGUCGUGGUGGAAGAGUCCCUUCACGCCCACCACGGCGGAUUUUCUCCUCGCUUCCCAGCAGUACCGGCGAAUGAUAGGAACGGAUUUGCGCUACGACCUCUACCAGACGGAUGCCGACAUCCUGACCACCUACAAGAGCAGCCCGGUAUGGAAGGAAAAAACUGCCGAUCAUUACAGUCACUAGUAUUCUCUCUACAGCACGUUUUGCAUGAGAAAUCUUUCUGGCAUAAUUACGGCUUUGGUUUGUACUGCGCAAGAAACAUAAAGGAAAAAAUCACGUGUGAAGAAGUUUGGCUGUGGUGCGUGUAGUUGACACUCGAAAGGCGUGUUUUGCAUUGCAAGAGGAGUGGUCGUGCAAGGCUUUUUUGUUUGAUACCGGGAAAAACGGUUGCAGUACGGAGUGGAACUCAGCGACUUCCAAAACUACAUCGGGCACAUUAUGGCCUGCUUAUUUGGAACACUCUCAACUGGAAUGAUUUGUGAUGCAAAAUGUGAAUCAUUAUCUGUCGAGCUGUUAUGGGGUCUGACAUGAACAAUUAAUUUCGCUAAGUAGCAUGAAUCACGAAAUUUGUACAUGCAAUUAACAUUCGCACGAAAUUUGUGAUGCGAAGCUGGGGCAAGUAAAGUAACUCCGCUGUUCUUGUGUCUACAUUGUUCCAGUUGAGAUUGUUCUAGCUGCCCAGGGCAUAUGCAUGUACGGCGUCACGCAGCGGUUCCGGCGCGAGAAAAAAGAACAGAAAGAAGAACUGGAGGCCUUCGUGCACGGGAUGGGACCGCAGGGAGUGUGCGUGUCCAUGAUACAAGGCUCCGCGAUAGAUAUGCUCAUGAAAGACUAAGAUGAUAGAACCAUGAAAAGCGCAACAGAGCACGCGAAGCACGUGGCAUUCACUUCGCCAACAAAAAAACUGUAUACUCGUCCGCAUCAAGAACAGGAUGGCGAUCCCUUCCAUUUUAAUCGCUACGUGGAAAGGGUGACUUGCUAUUCUUGUCAGCAGCGGGGAAAAGCAAUGGCAACGCCUAGCACUGCUUGAGUGUCUUGCUGCAGUUGUCCUUUGGUCGUAGCCUUUCGUUGUUCUGGAGCCCUCGUCUGCUGCUUUUGCGUUGUCUGAAU